AGCGCGCUUUCAUUUAGUUUGAUGUAAGACGUAAAACAGGUUUCUAUUUGGCCAAUUUUGUGACUACAGACAGAAUUUUUCCGAUUCAUACAGCUGGCUCUAUGGUUUUUAGAACAAUUAAGGGAGAAAUCAGCUAUGACUUUUUUGGGCGAGACAACUGUAAUAGGUCUCAAGGUUCGGAUGUUCUGUUAGGAGCGACCACAGUUUUAUUGAGGAUCGAUGCUAUCUGUACUGAAUUUCACCAAACAGGAUGAACGUCGUUUGUCUUUUGUCAACAUGAACAUGAAUGUCUCCCUAAAAGCCACGUACGAUAACCAGUCGGACGGCAAUUUAAGAGAUGAACAACAAGAUACCAUGCUGUUCCGGCGUUACGCACUUCCGUUGAUUUGCUUUUUGGGAAUUCUGGGGAAUUCUCUAUCGGCAAAAGCGUUUUUCGGACCCGGAUUGAGGCAUGCGUCUUGCAGUUUAUAUCUUGCCGUCCGUUGUAUCUCGGACAACGGCUUCAUCGUGACUUUGUUCACCGUGUGGUUAGACUUUGUGCACGUGCGAGUGUUCCACACAGAAGUUAUCUGUCAGACGGUUGUAUUCCUGUCCUUUCUGUGCAGCUUUAUCUCGGUGUGGUGUGUUGUAUUUGUCACCAUUGAGAACUAUGUCCGAAUUUGUCGCCAUACCCAUGUCAACCGGUUCUGUAACCUUAAGGUCGCCCGGUACUCUUUGCUUACAUGCUUUCUUGUCGCUCUUUUUCUCUACAAUUUUUUCCUCUGGGGAACGCAAGUUCAACAGAUGGAAGGGAAAAUAUACUGCCUAACGAAACCCAAUUUUAUUCAAGCAGAACUUGUUAUUACAUACAUCGAUACUGUAGUUACUCUUGUCAUUCCAUUGCUCACGAUUCUCGUAUUAAUGGCUUUAAUUAUUGUUAGUUCUAUUGAAGCCCACAAGCGUCAGAUUCGUUUGAAUUCCACUGCAAUUCAAAACAACAACGUGGAAGUUAGACGAAGAAUCCUGCCGCAUUCCAGAGUGACCCGGCUUCUGUCCUCGGUCACCGUCAUGUUCCUGAUUUUACACACGCCUUUGCACGUCAUCAGAAUCAAAGUCUUAUUUGAAAACUGGCUUCGUGGUAGUAAGGGAGACCCCACGAGUGAACUGGAUCGCACUUUCCAACACGUUUUUGUAACAAUGUACUAUUUAAACUACUCCGUCAAUUGUGUAAUUUACCUUGUGUGUGGACAAAAUUUUCGCAAAGUUUUCAUCGAUUCUUUCUGUUGGUUCUGCAAAAUCCGUAACACGGAACUGGAAGUGGAAGCAGAAAGGUUUUCUAACGUUGGGAUGACGUCAUCGCUUAUAUUGGAAAAAGACGAAGAAACCACAAUUCAAUGAUAAUGUUGGUGUUUUGGUCGAAUCCACAAUUGCAAGCUUCUGUGAUAAAACACUGAACGGUUUUUCGUUCCACUCCAUUUGUGUUGUCAUGUUGAUAGUAUUUGUUUAAUGUUGAUCAAAUUGAUCAUAUCAUAUAUUUAUGAUGUUGAAUGGUAUUGUUAUAAAAACAAAUUUCUACUUGUAUCAAA